CUGCCGUUCUGUUGAUGUCUCAUGCUCAAGUUCAAGCAUGCUUGCAGACCCACUUUCUCAACUGCGAUAAUAGCGUGAACGAACCUUAUCUCCACCUUACGCCUUGUGUGGGGUUAGCAACCCGUUGAAUUCUUGACUGAUCACCGGCAUAAACAAACAGCGAUUCGCGACGAAAGUAACAUUUUGGUGGCCCCAACUACUGAAGAGAGAUAUUACGCUAACAGACUGGCUGGGACAGAAAUAGGUCGAUAAAAAUAGCUUGUCGCAAAGUUAUAAUUAGCCCCCGACUUCUGCAUAAAGAACUAAACAUUUAACGAUUGGGUCAUUACCCAAACUGUGUGAAUGGAUAUUUAAUUGUCAGUAUAUCGAGAGACGUUGAAGCUAUGAAAACAAAACUGUCGCUUGCGAUUUGUUCAGUUAUUUGGACGUUGAUGUUGAUUACAAAUUGUAACGUAUGUAAUUGAAUAAUAUAUACAAAAUUAAAUAAUAAAUUUGUUGUUCACAUAGAUGGAAACAUUCUGCAAAAUGACGAAUGCAGUUUGUGAGACGAUGAACACAUCUUGGGUCCUCAUCCAUGAGUGUCGCCUGCGCGCGAUCAGUCGAAAUAUCACCACAUUAAACAUUGAUAUCACUUUUCUUCAUCCCGCUCAUGUUAUCGAUCUUAGGCUGGAGCUAAAAACCAAGGCAUUUGGAUACAGACCCUCAAUUUUCAACUAUACCAUCGAUGCUUGCACAUUUCUACGACAACGCAAACAUCGAGUAUUCAUGAUGUUUUGGCGUAUUUUUAAGGACUUUUCAAACAUUAACCAUACGUGUCCUUAUGUGGGUAAACAAAUUGUAAAGGAUUUUUACUAUGAUCCAGCAAAUUUAACUCUGCCAAUACCAAGCGGUGAUUAUGUUGUGCUUUUCACUUGGAUGCUCGAUAAGAAACCACAGUUUUUCACCAACAUUUACUUCUCAUUCUACCAGGAUAUUAUCAAUGUAUAAUUUUUCUCUUUUUUUAUAUUCAUAUGUGAACCAAAGUCAUACGUUUUAAAUAAUAUGUUAUUUGCAAAAUA